AUGUGUAGUCAUGAAGGAAGCCCCGUAGCUCUUGGAUCCAUAGCUUUACCAAGUGGACAGAGACUGGCAAAUAGGCUCGUCAAGGUCGCAACGUAUGAACACGGGGCGGCGCUCUUCGGUGGACCGCCGAACACCUACCAUUAUGCCUUGUACUCGCAAUGGGCACAAGGCGAUUGGGGGAUGAUAAUCACUGGAAACGUGCAAGUCUGCAGAGACCAUUUAACGUUGGGCCGCGAUAUGGUAGUGCCCCCGGUUUUGAAUGAGAAGACAGUCGAGCCUUUCCAAACACUUGCGGCAGCGAUACACGGCUGCUCCUCGGCAGAGUGCUCCCCAUCGUGCAAUCAUCAUAGGGCGACUGCUAUCAUGCAACUCUCUCAUGCUGGCCGGCAGUCCGCCAAUAUCAUCGGCGGACGCAAACCGUUAGCGUCCCCGCUUGCGCCGAGUGCCGUUCCUCUCGGUCGAGGUCGCGAUGCGGGCGUCAUCUCUUCUCUCGUGCACGCGGCAUUAUUUCAAACUCCAAGAAGGAUGACUGCUUGGGACAUUGAAGCGGUUAUGGACGCCUUCGUGCGAGGUGCUUCACUCGCGCACGAAGCUGGAUUUGACGGGGUAGAAUUGCAUGCGUCACACGGUUACCUAUUAGCGGAGUUCAUCGAUCCCAAGACGAAUCUCCGCACCGACGAGUACUCAGUUAACCCUGCUGAGAACUCCUUGCGCCUACUCCGUACUAUUAUAGACCGGAUUCGCGAGCAGGUUCCGCGUACAUUCAUCCUAGGCGUCAAGGUUAAUGCAGCUGAUUACUCGAAUGCGCGCCAAUCUGUACCCUCAGCCGGUGCAUCACGGCCCGAUCAUCAGGUUUUCAGUCAAACAGUCGAAGACGGGACCGAAAUCCAAGCUCACGAACAUGUCAAGUUGAUGGCAUCCUGGAGGACCAUAGACUUCAUCGAAAUCAGUGGAGGGGACUACGAGAACCCUGAUUUCAUGGCGGAUGCAUCAAUCACAACACCUCGACAAGCGCUAUUCUCUCGCUUCGCCUCUCGUUCAGUACGCACGGACGACCCUGGCCAGUAUCCUCGAACCUCGGCGCCGCUCAUACUCCUCACAGGAGGUUUGCGCGCUCCUCUUCAAAUGUGCAGCGCCCUGCAGCAGGAACACGCCGACUUGUUGGGGGUCGGGCGCAUGGCCGUUCUAUGUCCCGACCUCCCUCGUGUGAUGUCCCGCGAUGGAAGAGCAACUGGCGAUGCCGACGAUGCUGCAAUGCCUUUCGCUGACAUCCCCAAGCUUCACCUCAACGGUGCCUGGACAAGGUUUCUACCGAAGAUAAAGCUGGUUGGCGCGGGUGCUGAAAUGGCAUGGUACAUCGUGGCUAUGCGCAGCCUCGCUUUUCGGCAAGAACCCGACCGCAGGAUGGGCAGCGUUGGGGCUAUCAUUCGGAUGUGGUCCUGGGUCUCCCCGUCGACAACGACGAGGCGCGGGGACGCCUGGACGUGGUCGCCUGUUGUUCACUCUGUGUGGCUUGCGGUGGUUCUUAUCGCAACCUGGGUAGGUGCGACAACACCAUACUUAAGCUUUUCCCCGGAUGCUUCGGCCCUUGCAUGCUCUUAUGAAGAACUUGAAGACGCAUGUAUAUAA